CCGAACACCUUUUACCCCUGCCCCGUCACGCACGCCCCCAAUGGAAGCAGAGUACCCCCAAAUAAACCCUCUUCGACUCUGCUCCGGGCGCCGGAAAAGGGAGGAGGAAGAAGGGCUUGUGCUUCUGUCCAUGGAUCUUGAUGCCGCGGCGGAGAUGGCGCCCGAGUCGCGGUCGCAGCAGCAGGCGGCGGUUCCGGACAAGUUGAAAGCAGUGGCAGAAGAGCUUGGACAUGAGAUUCGAAUUUUUUCAAGCACGACAUUUGAGACAACAAGCAGGUUACCCAAGGCAGAUCAGGAGGAAGACGAUGACUUCUAUGAGCUUCAGCCUGCUGAUUAUUUCAAAUUGGUUUCAAAUAGGCUAGCAGAACAAUCAAAAGUUCUGAAGACUCGUAAAAUACGGGAAGCAGAACUUGCUGCUCAACGGGCUAGGAUAACAAAGGCCAUAAUGAGGGUUCGAUUCCCUGAUGGUUACAUUCUUGAGGCUGAGUUUCAUUCAUCAGCGACGGUACAUAGUCUGGUGGAUCUUCUCAGGAAAGUAAUUGCUAGACCAGAUCUGCCAUUCUAUCUUUAUACAGCCCCUCCGAAGAAGCGGAUACUGGACAUGUCACAGGACUUUCACACAAUCGGCUUUGUUCCUGGAGCUAAUGUCUUCUUUUCUUAUGAUCUGCCAGAAGGGUCGAUAGAUGGUGUAAAAUCAGGACCAUAUCUCCGUGAAGAAAUUCGAACUUUGGAUGGACUGUCACUUCUCUCAAAACCUUCUGAUCAGCCUGAUGAUUCUAAGACAGCCUCUGAAUUAGCUCGUCAAUCUGAUGUGUUCCAAUCUGAUUCUGCAGCACCAGCAAAUAAGAAAUCAUCGAAACCAAAGUGGUUCAAAAGGUGAGACCACCAGCACAGUAGCACUUUGCUAGGCCUUUCAGCACUCACACUGCAUGGCUCGUCAACUUUCAUGGUUCAACGGCUUCAGUUUGGAACAGGCUGUGCACCUCCAUAGAAUCGUGAUUCAAUCCUCUGUGCAUCGCAUGUUGUCGAACCAUGAGAACUAGAUCUCGUCCUUUCCGGGUGGUAGCAUGUAAAUUUGAUGUGCCAACAACUGAUCUGGAAUUUGUUGUGGGAUUGUGGCGCUUUCCCACCUUAGAGAUGUGUAAAAGGCCAAAACAACAGAAACAGAGGAAAUGCAACACUUUACUGCAUGGUGCUGUUGCUGUCAUUACAAUCUAGCAUCUUCAUCAGUAGAAGGAUGCUUUGAGUUGGCUGGAAAAUUACCAAUAAAGCAUGUGGCUUCAGACUUGAA